GAUUCUGUAUGAAAGCGUGUGUUCGCAGCUUCUUAUUGUUCUUGGGAAGCGUGCUAUAUAUUCCUCCUCUCACGCGCAUUUCCGAGCAACCCAAGAAACAAACCCGACUCAUUUUUUCAAUUUCAUCGUAUGGUUUCUGGUAAUGCCAAUCGUGGAACCAAUGGAGUAUUGUCGCUGCUUUGGUUUUAGGAAGGGGAGGAAAUACCGAGGCAGCGACAGUAUGCAAAAAUUACAGCCAUCCAGGACCUCCACCGACCCUGAACUGCCUUCAGGAUCAAAACCAGAAGCAUCAGUUGCAACAGAUGGGGUUGCGGGUAACAAGACUCGUACAUUCACAUUCCGAGAACUUGCAACUGCAACAAACAAUUUUAGGCAAGAGUCCCUUAUAGGGGAAGGUGGAUUUGGGACUGUUUAUAAAGGGAAAAUCGAAGGACUGGAUCAGGUUGUAGCUGUUAAAAUGCUAAAUAAGAGUGGGCUCCAAGGGAAUAAGGAAUUUUUGGUAGAAGUUCUGAUGCUUUCUCUCCUGUGCCACCCAAACCUUGUCAAUAUGAUAGGUUACUGUGCUGAAGGGGACCAGCGCCUUCUCGUCUAUGAAUUCUUGCCUUUAGGAUCCUUGGAACGUCACCUCCAUGAUCUUCCCCCGGAUAAGGAGCCAUUGGAUUGGAACACAAGGAUGAAGAUAGCAUGUGGUGCAGCCAAAGGAUUGAGCUACCUUCACCAUGAAGCGCAGCCUCCUGUCAUAUACAGAGACCUAAAAUCAUCUAACAUUUUGUUGGAUGAGGGUUUCUAUCCAAAACUGUCUGAUUUUGGGUUCGCUAAGUUCGGUCCAGUUGAAGAUAAGUCCCAUGUCUCGACCAGGGUGAUGGGCACCCAUGGUUACUGUGCUCCUGAGUAUGCCACAACCGGGAAACUAACAGUGAAGUCUGACACAUAUAGUUUUGGGGUAGUUUUAUUGGAGCUGAUCACUGGACAAUUUGCAAUAGAUCCCACCCGUGGCCAUGGAAAAAAGAUGCUUGUUGAUAGGGUACUCCCCAUAUUAAAAGACCCCAAGAACUAUCCCCGGUUGGCAGAUCCACGGCUGAAGGGCCAGUUCCCAGAGUCUGCUCUACACCACGCUAUAGAGCUGGCAUCCAUGUGUGUCCGGGAAAAUGCUAAUGCCCGUCCCCUAAUGAAAGAAGUGGUGCUUGCUUUGGAUUACUUGGUGGCCCAUCCCUAUGAUCCCAACGCAGACAAGGAUUCGAGGAAGAGAGGAGUAAGGACAUCUGAGAAUGGGGCAGAUUUGAAAGGCCCUGAGAAGGAUACAAUAGAAGUGGGGAAGAAGUUGAACAGCACCAUAGAUCGGGAGCAAGCAGUUGCAGAGGCCAAGAAGUGGGGGGAGAGUUGGAGAGACAUGAAAGAAAAAGGGCAGAGUAGUAGUUGUAAUAGCUAAUAGAGUUUCACAGUUCCCACCUUUCCAUUCUCAUCUGUCACUUUUCGAAUUCUUGGACAGAAAAAGGGUAAAAACGCAAAUUUGUCCAUGA